AUAAAAUUACAGUUUUCUCAGGUUAGUUAUUCUUGUCACAAUAUUCUUGUUGAAUAUAAUUUUUUAGAUUUAUGCAAAUUGAUCUAUUUUGAAUAGCUAAAACUACAAUUUAUGAAGAAAAAAUAGUAAAUUAAGGUAGAAAUAGAAAACGGAAUUUAUAUUAAGACGGACCACCCUGAGAGUCUUCAGAAAUAACCAUUUCUCAGCACCGCAGCGUUUUCGAUUAUACUUUUCUUUGUGAUUGUAAUUAUUGAUUAUGGUAUCUUUGAAUUGACGUUUCUUAGAUAAAAAUUAGGUAGUAGGAGUUUCUGAAAAGUCUACCUUUGUAAAAUGAGUAAUUUCAUAAAAUGAAAAUACAUUGAAGCGGUUUUAACUUAAAAACUAUCACACUUUAUCCAAAUAUUAUGGUUAUGUCAUUCAAAUGUAUUAAGGCUGAGUAAUGGCUGCAAUAAAUGCCAAUGCUCCCUCUUCAGCAGAUGCUUGCCUAAGCAUAGUACACAGCUUGAUGUGCCACAGACAAGGUGGCGAGAGUGAAGGGUUUGCUAAAAGAGCUAUUGAGUCACUUGUGAAGAAAUUAAAAGAAAAAAGAGAUGAACUCGAUUCGCUAAUUACAGCUAUAACUACAAGUGGUGCUCAUCCUAGUAAAUGUGUAACAAUACAAAGAACUCUUGAUGGAAGAUUACAGGUUGCUGGAAGAAAGGGAUUUCCACAUGUAAUCUAUGCAAGAAUAUGGCGAUGGCCAGACUUACACAAAAAUGAGUUAAAACAUGUCAAAUACUGCCAGUUUGCAUUUGACUUGAAAUGUGACUCAGUUUGUGUUAAUCCCUAUCACUAUGAAAGAGUAGUAUCACCGGGAAUUGAUCUCUCAGGUCUCACACUACAAUCAGGGACUCCUAGACUCGUCAAGGAUGAGUACACAGCUGGUGCUGUGGCAGGAAAUAGUAUGGAGAUUGAUGGAGACAUGGGAAUCAACGUUUCACAGACAAUUCAACAUCACCCUCCCCAACAGAACUUUACACUCACUGGAUUGCAACCUCCCCCAACAAGUGAUCCAGGAAUAUAUAAUUCAACAAAUAGGCCCACUAUGGGGUCAGCAACUGUACCAAAAAUUGAAAGCGGACAAGAUACCUCCAGAACAAAUUGGUUGCCGCAUAUGCAAAUACAUCGCCAAAACCCAGUAUACAGUUCAACACCGACACAAGCAGUACAAGAAAGACCACAAGAAGCUAUACCACAAAGUUUAGCUGCAAAUUCUCCUGUUUCACCUCCUCUCCAACAAAAUGGAUUCAGCAGUUCAACUAGUACUGCUGUUGCAUCAAAUAACAAUGGAACAGUCUCAGGGACACAGCCAACGAAUACAAUUGGACAAGCCUUUACAGGUGCAGGUGGUACUUGGACUGGUUCAAACACCUUAACAUAUACACAGUCUAUGCAACCCCCAGACAACAGAAAUCAUCACACUACUUACUGGAAUCACAACUCACCAAACCAAAUAAGUUCGGAGGUCAGUAUAGCUGGUCUGCUUUCCUCCCAACCCGCGCCGGAGUACUGGUGUUCAGUAGCUUACUUUGAACUAGAUACUCAAGUAGGCGAGACUUUCAAAGUGCCAUCAAACUGUCCAAAUGUCACUAUUGACGGAUACGUAGACCCUUCUGGAGGGAACAGGUUUUGUUUGGGUGCCUUAAGUAAUGUACACAGAACGGAACAGAGCGAAAGAGCAAGACUUCACAUUGGAAAAGGGGUCCAAUUGGAUCUUAGAGGUGAAGGAGAUGUGUGGUUGAGGUGUUUAAGUGACCAUUCAGUUUUUGUCCAGAGUUACUAUUUGGAUAGGGAGGCUGGAAGGCAACCAGGGGAUGCAGUGCAUAAAAUUUAUCCUGGAGCUUAUAUUAAGGUUUUUGACUUACGGCAGUGUCAUCAUCAGAUGACAACCCAAGCAGCUACAGCCCAAGCUGCGGCUGCAGCGCAGGCAGCUGCUGUUGCUGGACAUAUUCCAGGGCCGCAUUCAGUUGGAGGAAUAGCACCUGCUAUUAGUUUGUCUGCAGCAACAGGCAUAGGCGUUGAUGACUUACGACGCUUGUGUAUUUUAAGGUUAAGUUUUGUGAAAGGUUGGGGUCCAGAUUAUCCCAGACAAUCCAUUAAGGAAACUCCUUGUUGGAUAGAAGUCCACUUACAUAGAGCGCUUCAGCUCUUGGAUGAAGUGUUACAUACAAUGCCAAUAGACGGUCCUCGAGCAAUAGAAUAAGAGUAGAACAAUAUGAUGAUACUACACUUCUCACCACUCGAAAAUAUGAUAUAUUUUCUUAAGAAGAUUGCACUUCCUCAGAAUUCGUGUGUGUGUUAGUAGUACUCUGAUUCUAAAGACUGUUUCUUCAGAUUGUCAAAAUUUUUAGAAACAAAAACGUGGAGUUUAAGUGAAAUAAAAAAUACCAUUCACAAUCUUUAUGGAAAAUGGGUUUGGAUCAAAUUGUCUUACUAAUUUUUAUGAUAAUGGGACAAACUCAACUUUAACACUCAUUUUUAAUACUCCGAAAGUGAAAGAUAAAAAAUAGCAUGAAACAAUAAAUGAUGGAAUAUUAUUAAUAUGCCACUUGAUAUUGGUUUAUUAAACAAAAAAAUAUAUUGAAAG